AUUUAAAAACCCGCUUGUCAUACUUAUGUUCGUCGGCAUGUCCGCUGGCUAAAACUCCGGAGUGUGACAUCACCAUGAACGAUCAAACGAAACCUCGUGAUUGGCUGAACUCUGGGACUAAUAACAGCGGUAGUUCACUUUCACUUCAUAUACUGUCACGCCGAGACCGUUUUACUGGGACUGCAACUAUCUGUAUUUCAAUUAGAUGUCUAUGUGCAGUUUGAUAUAGGUGUUAAAAGAUUAAGUUUGUGAGGAGACGGUCUUUGGAGCUUUAAGAUGAAGUCUUCGGCGAUCAUCGCCGUCGCCAUCAUAGGACUCAUCUCUGUUUGCUCAGUCGAAGGGACAAGAUGUCGCCGACCGAAGAGUCUACGGAGUGGGCGUUACGAAUAUCGAGAUGGUAAUGACUACGGAUCAACACAUCUUCCUGAGAAUUACGUCAUUCGUGUGGUUUGUGAGCCUGGCUCUUCGCUCGUAGGAGAUGAGUUCAUUAUCUGCCAAAACAAUGGAAAGUGGAGUGAUUAUCCAUAUUGCCAUGCUCCAGUGGCAUGCUUUAAUCCUCCUGCGAGUCCAACCAACGGGUAUGUGCGCAUGCGUGGAAAAUCUGCUCGAAGUAUUGCUGUGUAUCGUUGCAACCCAGGAUACGAGCUUCAUGGAAGACGAACUGUAGUAUGCGACGGAUUUACGGGUAGAUGGCAGGGUGAUGUCCCGCAUUGCUUCGGAACCCCAUCUUGCCGUGACCCCGCUGUACCGUCCGGAUUCUUAGACUUGGUUCUUAAUGACGCCUCUGGAACCAAAAUCGGUGAUCUCUACACAGAACGCACGGAGUUCAGCUACGCCUGUCAAAUAGGAUACUAUCUUCCUCGUGACGUCACAAUCACGUGUCAAACUGGUACCUGGGCAGGGGAUGACGACCCACCAGAAUGCAAGAGAAUCACCUGCACCCCACCCACCCUGGAGCCAUUGGUAAAUGGUGUACACGACAUUAAAAAUAAGACCUACUUUGUCGGAGAUAUUGUACAAUAUCUGUGUAACGAAGGAUACCUUGUUGACGGAAUUAGCUGGCAGGUGUGUCAGAGUAACGAUGGCCCCGAUGGAAUAUGGUCCGAUACUGUGCCAACAUGCAAAGAGGCAAGGUGUCCUGAUCCAGGCCGCACUCACCUUGACAGAGGAACAAUUUCUUUCUCACCGAAUGAUGGACGAGGGACCACUAAUUCUUGGCCAGUAGGGACAGUAAUGAGUCUCAGUUGCCCUUCAUAUCUAGAGCUUCUGGGUUCAAGUGAGAGGGUUUGUCAAUCUGAUGGUCACUGGAGCGGUACUUUGACGUCAUGCAACAGUGAAGAAUACCACUGCCCCGCCUUGGGAAACCCCAUACACGGUUCGAAAGAAGGCUCUCCGCAGUACAGAGAGAAUACAAAGGUCGUAUUCCAAUGUGACCCUGGUUACCAGAUGGUGGGAUCUAAGGAGAGGAUGUGUACCUUUAGUGACGGCUGGACGGGAGAGAUGCCAAGAUGCAUGGGUCGAAAUGAGUUCGAUGAAUUUUCUCGAGUAAAGGAUGGACUAGGGAAGACGUUCGACGAAAUCAUGUUCGACAGCGGCUCUUUGCUGGACAACACGACCUCCAACUCAGGUGCGCGAAGAAAACGCACAAUUGAUCUGUCGUCUGGACAAGACAUCUAUUUUGCCUUUGAUGCAUCGAACAGCGUCGGAUCGGCAAAUUUCAGGAAAGGAAAAAAGUUUGCCACUAAUCUAGUUGGAAAGCUUAACGUUACAGGUACAUCCAGUGGAACCCGGGUCGGGGUGGUGACCUACUCAUCGGAAGCAACUGAAGUGUUCAACGUCACGGAGUUCACUUCAUCAGAUGCUGUAAUAACUGCUAUCAAUACCCGUGUUGAAUAUACAGGAAAAGGAACGAAUUUACCUGGGGCUCUACUGAAAAUCAAGGAUAUGAUCGUAGCUACACAUGACGUAACCACAGAAACUGACAGAAAACGAAUUCUAUUUGUACUAACAGACGGUUUCAGUAAUAUUGGGGGUGAACCGUCGCACCGGGCGGACGAAUUAAAGGAAAGUUUGAACGUGAAGAUUCACUGCAUUGGAAUCAGCCCUAAUACGGACAAGGAAGCACUUGCGAAAAUCGCCUCUGUUAAUAAGAAUGAUCACGUCUUCUAUAUCGAAAAUUAUAUUGUACUGGACCAGCUUGUAGAUGCCGUAACUGAUUCGCAAACAGCUUAUGAAGAGUGUGGACUGAGUAAUCCAAGUGCAGCGUCUCGCAUCACCCUAGGUGACGAGUCCAGUCUGGGUGAAUGGCCAUGGCAAGCCGCCCUCUACGAUAACACUAACCAUGAUAUAUUAUGUGGGGGCUCUCUGAUUGACAAGAACUGGGUUAUGACAGCAGCACACUGUUACAACGAAGACACGAGCAAGUAUCUGACAGGAGAAAAAACAACUGUUUAUCUUGGUAUGGUUAAACGAUCAGACGAAAAUCUGGAGAGAGCACAGUCUUUCGAUGUGGUUGAAGUGAGAAAGCACCCGGAUUACUACAAAGCCAAUGACGGCGCAGAUCAUAACGACAUCGCCCUCCUACGUCUUGAUCGUCCAGCAGAGCUCAAUGAACAUGUUCGGACCGUAUGUCUCCCACCACCUUUAUCGAGAAAAACUGCUAACUGGUUCGUGAGUCCCAACCGGACCGCAACAGUCACGGGAUGGGGUGAUACUACAUCUGGUGGGGAAUCCUCGUUCGGUCUUCUGCAAAUCCACAUACCACCCGUGAGCAACGAUUUGUGUCAAGAAACAUACAAAAGUAAUUCUAUAGGGAUUACAGUCAUCACAACAUUUGAAUUUUGCGCGGGAUUCAUACCUCAAAUUGAAGAUGAUUUGGUGGCAGAUGCAUGCCAUGGCGAUUCAGGUGGCCCAUUGGUCGUUCCAAGGUUUGCAAACAAACUGGGACGAGACAAAUAUAGGCAAGUCGGAAUCGUCAGCUAUGGUCCCAGUAAUUCAUGUGGAAAGACAUUUGGAGUCUACACCAGAGUCCAACGAUAUAUUGAAUGGAUUAAUGGAAUCAUAAAUACCUAAGAGAGUAGGUGCAGGCCCCGGGUGCAGGCCUUAAAAUGUAUGGAGGUGAGCUUAAGAUGAAACGAUUCCUAUGCACAUUCUUGUUUUACUUCAAACACACCCACACUAUUCCACACUGUUUCAAUCAAAGUAAGUCCAGAUGAAUACAUUUAUAUAUUUUUUUUCAUCGUAAUUUGACUUUUCCUGGAUAAAUCAAAACAUACAUCAGUUUACACCCACACUAUAUUUUACAUACACAACAACACCUAUCUUCUCUGUGUGAGUGUCUCAAUUAAUUCAAUUCUUUAUUUCAUUUCCAUUCAAACAUAAUACAAAGUGAUAUAUCCCUCACACACCAAACCCCACACAAAAUUGGUUAAACAAGAUAAUAAAGCCUACAUAGUUUCUGACUUUAUUGAUUGGUAAAGUGUUGACAACAUUUUUCAUGAAAGUAUUAUUAGAAUAUCAUUACAAUCUAAAUUGUAAAGAAACGAAAAUGUGUGCUCAUACGGGUUACACAAAGUCACGCUCAACCUAGGCUCAUCAGAGAGAUUUCUAUAUAAACAUGCCCACAAAGAAUAUGUAUAGUCUGGGCAAUAUCUCCUGAAUCACGUACCGCAGUAUCAUAUGUGUAGUACUUUUUUUUGCAAAAUUAAAAUUUUCCUUUUACUCUCAUUUAACUCUUUUAGGUUUUUUUUCAAACCUAAAUCGUGUAUCAAUUCAUUCCAUAUGCUGACUGUUAAAUCCCAAUUGGAUUUUUCUUGAAUAAUUUUGCAUUGUAUUUUAAGCCUAUUGUAUUGUAUGGUAUUAUACGCAAGUAACUUCAUGUACAGUUUGUAUUAUAAUCUUGAAAUAUCCACGCAUUGUCAUUAGAUAACUUGUCAAAACUCAGAGCCAUGUUUUUUUCCAACGGGAAUUCGAUAAGCGGCUAUUCAUUACCGAUCCUUGAAUGCGGUGAAUAGGCGUUAUGAAAGGACGCAUCUGCGCAUGUCGUCUUUAAACCCGACUCCCAGUCAAUAGACGUCGCAUAGACUUUUGACAAGUUGCCUGAGAAACGAUAACCAAUAAAAGCCAAUGAGGAAACUUACUCGUUAAUCGUCGUUUUUCUUUCAUUAUUAUUAGGCAGAUAUGAUUAUGAUUCUAUAUAUGGUAAGACUAAGACGGUAAAAACAACGAUUUUGAAAUAUUAGCCAUGAUGAAUAUCAUACUUUAUGUGGCUUUAUGGAGGCGGUACAUUGUGAUCUUUGUCUUCUUUCCAUUACGUUCUUAUGCUCAUCACUUUGUAAAUGAUUCCACUUAAUUUGUUUUUGUUUCUUCUUCAAAUAUUCGUAUUGAAAUAUCUAUACUGCAUUAAUGGAGCGAUUUAUUUUGAAUAAAAUAUCUGAAAAAUAGUUCGGAUAAGAAAGACAGCA